AUGCUUAAAUGCUUGUAAUGGUUCUAGAAUUUUUAUCAUUUUCUUAUAUUGCAGAGUCUCACAUGGCAACUCUCUACACUAGAAACAACUGUCCAUUCACUGUCUGGCCAGGAACACUUACUGGCGCUGGUAUACCUCAAUUGUCCAACACUGGGUUCGAGUUAGCCCCACAGGCAUGGAAUGCCAUUACUGUUAUUGCUCCUUGGUCAGGCAGACUCUGGGCUCGAACCCAAUGCUCAACCUCCUCCGGAUUGUUCACUUGUGCCACUGCAAACUGUGGGUCGGGCCAGGUUGCCUGCAAUGGUGUAGGUGCUGUCCCUCCUGCAACCCUUGUAGAGUUCACUCUAGCACCAAAUGGAGGACAAGAUUUCUAUGAUAUCAGCCUAGUAGAUGGCUUUAACUUGCCGAUUUCAGUAACCCCACAAAGCGGCUCGGGUCCAAACUGCACCAUAACUAGCUGUUCGGCAAAUGUGAAUGCAAUUUGCCCACCAGAGCUGAUUGUUAAAGCAUCUUGUGGGAAUGCCAUAGCCUGCAAAAGCGCAUGCCUAGCUUUCAAUCAGCCUAAGUACUGUUGCUCUGGUGAAUAUAAUUCACCCCAGAAAUGUGAACCCACAAAUUACUCGAUGGUUUUCAAGAACCAGUGCCCUCAGGCUUAUAGUUACGCUUAUGAUGAUAAAACUAGCAUUUUUACCUGCUCUGGUGCACCUAAUUACCUUAUCACUUUCUGUCCAUGA